GGCUCGGGAGGCAGAAGAUGGAAACCGUGAAAACAUGGAACCAUGAUUUUAUUUCACUUAACCAGCUGGAUAAGAAAAUCCACUCCAAACAAAAUGGCAUGAUUGCCAAGAAUCUCCUCAACACUCUCAAGAUCCGUAACCAUUUACAGCUCCAGCCCAUUUCUCGUUCAGCAUGUGCUACUGGAUCCUGUCCAGAUCUGAUCAUGAGUAGGAAUGAGCAGCCUGACUCACGACCGGUCCCCAUGGCACUGACCCCACAGCUGCCACCCAGAACCCACCGCCCCCUCUGCCUUUCAGUGUCCUCUGACAGCAAUGGCCGCUUUAAAGCUCUGGAGACCCAGGAAUGGAAGAACAACCUCAAAGCUCAGAUGGAGCAGGCCCACAGUGCUGGGGCUGCCAGCAGCACAGGUUCUUUGGAGAGGGCAUCACUCUUUUGUGCUUCUGGCUCCACCACCACCUCCAGCUCGGGCCUCUCCAGCCCCGUGGAACUGCUCACCAAAAGCAAGUCGUCGAGCCGCUUUUCUCUCUUUUCCCCGCCAUGGAACAGUAGCUCGGAGUCCGAUUCCAACCCCCCAUCUCGCUCCGGGUCCAAGAAACUGCGCAACUACAGCCGCAGGGCAGGACCUGUCGGGGUCAAGACUGGACCUGAGACCCCGGAGCCCAAGCAGAGCGGCCCAGAGCACUUCCAGUACUCAGAGCCUGUUAUCUCCAAGGUGACAGACUACAUCUAUGUGGGGAACCUAAACGCGGCCUAUAGCGGUCGAACACUAUGCCGCAACAACAUUGACAGUAUCAUUGACAUGAGCAGCCUGCCGGGGGAAACUUGUUUAAGCUUGAUUCCCUGCACCUGCUCACGGGGGGCCAAGCACAGUUGGUCUCGACUUAAGGUGGACAUCAGCGAGCUGCCAGACAUGGCGCGGGAUGGCCUGGCCCUGCGCCAGCGCUGCUUUGAGGACAUCAACGAGUGCAUUGAUGCCUCCACAGAGAAGAGGAAACGCGUGCUGGUGCACUGCCGUGAUGGCUUCUCACUCGCCCCCACUUGCGUCAUCCAGUACCUCAUGAUCAAGCAGAACAUGAGGCUGAUCGCUGCCUAUGAGCUGCUGAGAGCCAAGCACCCAGUCAACAUUCGCGAGUGCCACCAGAAUGUGCUGGUGAGCCUGGAGAGGGCCCUGCGGCCUGGGGGAAACACGGACCCCGAGUGCUUCAAACAGGCCAUCUCGCGCAAAGUGGCAUGGACCUAACUGUACUGUAAUACACUACACGUUUAUGUUCUGGCUUCUAUCUAAUACAUUUGUUUUCUUUUGUGAUUGGGGAAAGGCAGCCUUUUUGCAUCCGGCAGUGAGCUACAAGGUUGGAGAAAACUUCUAGCUCUGACAAUUAAUUUUUUUAUCAGUGCACUGGCCAAUUCAAAAAGCUUGAAAAUUUAACUCAGUUCUCUUCCAGACUAAACUUGAGAGGGGAAAAAACAAGCAGAAGUAAUGCACUGUAUAGCUGCUAAACAUGGGGGGCUUUCUGAGGAUAUGUCUCCUGUGGUUAAUGAUUAGACUCUCAGUUUGGUGCUGAAGUCUUGUGUGUAUGUGUGAGGGAGGGUCUGCAGCCAUAGCACAAGCUAUAAAUUUAUGUUUCAGGGGAACAUGAAAGGAAAUCUCAGGAGACCCAAUGAUGUCAAACAUGGCUACAUGAUAAAGCUGACCAGAGAUGAGGUCGACUACUACGCAGACGUGUUCAACUUCUCCAACUGGACUGCCUGUGAAUAAUGGUCACUGACUCUACUCAUUGAGUGUCAGUCUAGUGAGGUCAUUGGCUGCUGCCAUUGUAAACAUAAACACAAAAACUUUGCCUGCAGUUUAAUAGUCUAAAACAUGUUGAAAUCUCUGCAUUUUCCAGAGUCAUUGGACAUUCUAAACAAUAUGUAGGUAAGAGUUGUCCUCCAUGAGGAACCCAGUCACUUACCAACUGUCUUCUCCAGUCAUGUGAAAAUCGUCUUUGGACGAAAAUUAGCUUUGGAGCUUGAGAAGUGUGGACUAUCGUUGUAUUGUUGUGUGUGCAGUAAAACUGGAACUGACCCGUCUGUAUCUUUGAUGGAUUGUCAGCAUUAGUGUUCAUGGAUUUGACAGAAUUGUGAAGCAGUGUCCAACUGCAAAGACCUUGUAUUGCACUACGUUGUAUAGAAACUGCACAAGUGAAAUGCUCAUUAGAUGACACCCCGUUUCUUUUGGUUCUUCAUUGCUCAGCACAAAUAGAUUCAUUAUUUUUUGGAUUAUUAUGGUACAUAGUUCUUGUGUUCUGAUUAAUUGAUUGCUAUUGUAUUUUCCUUAGCCCUUUAGGAAAAUCUAACAAACCCUCAGAACUAUGUGGUAUUGCUUAUACUUGUCAGCAGUGCUUAUUAUAUUUUGAUAUUUAGUGAGCAGUGUGAUGAGGAGAGAAGCUCCUGAGGUUUUGGUGCCUUUGUUUAAAAUCGUCCCGUGUGAUUGUAUUGUGACAUUCACACACUAUGUAUGCAGUUGUCAGGCACUGACAAUUUUUUUACGCUCUGAAAUGUUCUGUAUAAAUGCUACUCUUUGUUCUGCUGUGAGUAACGCAUUGUGAUGUAUGGCAGAGCACAGUUCUGUACAGUUACGUAAAGGUUUUGUUGCAGUGGUCAUUCCGUGCACAGUGACAGUAUUUUCAAUCAGUGUGGUGAUGGCUAGUGCAUCUCAGUCUGAGUGGUCAUUUCUUAGUCCCUACAGGUCUGCUGUUCACUAAAAACAUUAACAAAAUUUAAAACUAUAUUGAGCUUAACUAGAAUGAUUUCUGUUGUUGUAUAUUUCUAAAGGAUGCUACUUUUAAGGUCUAACUUGAUCUCAGGUGAACUUUAUUGGCUUAGACUAUAAUGCUCUCUGUUUAAGUUAGAUACCACAAUAAUGUGACAAUGUAUUUUCUGUAUCAUGUUUUUAAAGUCU